GAGAAAUUAGCCCUGCUUCUAGAAGUCAGAGGAGACCAGUUGACAGGGCUGAGGAAUUUUGCACAAGCCAGUCCUGAGGUUUUGGGCAGCAGUGACACCUUGCUGUGUCUUGGCAGCUUUUCUGGAUUGAAGGAAGGAAUCACAACUCUCCUGUCUGGGUUUUGGGGAUGGGUUUUCCUCCUGGCCCCCCACCUUGCCCACCCAGCACGACCAGCUGAAGGAUGACUGAGCCGUGUGCACAUGAGAUUUGGAGAAAGGGGACUGCCAGCUCUUUCCUUCUCCAGCAGGCUUUGUCAAAGUCAGACUUCGUGGGACAAACAACUUCUGCAGCCAGCUCAGAGCUGGCAUUCACUAAGGCUGCUGAAAUUUAACUAAGAAACCAGAUUUUGGAUUUUCCGGUGUAAUGGCCAACACUGAGCACUGCCAAGGAGAAGACAUACAAAGCUCUCGAGGAAAAGCAGGAGCCAGAAGAAAGGCAGGCAAAUAAUGACGUGCUUUGAAAGAGAACAUGUGCUGUGUUUUUAUCAUGGAGCUGAAAUGUCAAUGUAUUCACUGUUAGGUACUAAUGUAUAAUGCAGCCACCUAUAUCGUUUGUUGUACAUUAGUCAUGUUUGACUACUAGACUGCAGAUAUUGUAGAGUUAAAAUUAAUGAGAGCAUCCAUUAUCCAUUAUUCAGCAUGUCUGAGCUACUUUCUUUUUCUUAAGUAGAAAGUAUGAUUAGAAGGUGUGGAUCCAGCCUCUGCUAAAAUCAAUGGGAGUUUUCCCCUGGCCAUUCAGCAAGCUGUAGCAGGCCCUCACUACACUACAGAGUAUCUUUGGGCUGCAGUGCCUAUUGCAAAAUUCUACUUGCAGAUAUUGCUUGAUGCUUUCUGCCUUCCAAAAUAAAAUGAACACCAACCUGCCCUGCCCUUCUGCCAUCCAACUUCCUUAGUAAAAUACCACUUCCAGAAAAAAAGAAAGAAGAAAGAAGAAUGCCCACAGAAGAAAGCAGGAAAUCGCCUCCAAAGAAGUGAACCAGAAUUUCAAGCCUACAAAGGGAGCACUGUAAUGAGUUGCCAGAGGUGAUGUUAAUGCUGUGACAGAUAGUUUGGAAAUACCAUUUUGCCUAUUUGCAGAACUGAAUCUGAGAGGACGAGGAACCCUUUUUGAGUUUAUUUUUAUUAAAUUUUCCAGUGUUCUUGUUGCAUCAUCCCUGGAACUAGGGUAGUUUUUGGUGAAGCUCACCAAAAUUCAGGCAAACGGAACUCCAGCUUCAUGAAAGUAUGACACCACUUGCAGCAUUCAGGAGCUGUUUCUGGAUGGCUUAUUGGCCUCUGAUUACAUUGGGUUCUUCUUCUAGAUCUCGCUCUACAGAUGGUCAGCUGUUUAUUAGGCAUGGAAGUAGCAAUGCUGAGUCUCCCCGGACAUCUGACAGUACCAUCUCCCCUACAGCCAAUUUUGACACUCCACCUGAGCUUUCUGCUUUCUUGGAUAAUUCUGCUGCUAAGCACAAGCUUUUAGUAAAACCCCGGAACCAGAGAGCCAAUAGAAUGAGAAAAUUUUCUCAGAGGACCCAGUCUGAAUCUCUGACUGAUUUGAGCUGUACCCCAGAGGAAGAAGAAGAGGAUGAUGCUGUAUUCAAACCCAGCAAUCAAGAACUGCCAUGCAGCACAGCUGCAACACAGGAUGUGGCUUCCUGGCCAAAGCCCAGAAUGCCUGAGGACCUCCCCCCUGCUCUGAGACCAGUGAUGACUCAGCCUGCUUCCGAGCCUGCUGAUGGACAGGAAACCCUGCUACCAGAGAAUAAGCCAGAGGACUGCCAAGCAGCACUGGAAAUUACGUGUGAGGAGUCUGAGUCCUCAUUGCUGUCAGAAGGCAAAGACUCCACAACUUCUUCCUAUUUCAGUUCAGACAGAGGAGUACAAAAGCAAGAAGAUUCCUCAGAAACACUGGUUCUGUUGUCUGGGGAUGAGUCAAUCAAUACUGUAAAUCAAGAAAAUAAGGAGCUUCCUACUGUGUUUCCAUUAAAUAAAUUACCUUCCGAAGAAAAUAUUUCAAUUAGUGAGAAUAGUAUUGUUUGCUUGGGAAGGUCAGAAGAAAAUAACCAGAAGAAUGAUCAGGUGUCUGUGGAAAUGCCCUGUAAUAAAGGGGCAGACAAAGAGCUUACUCUAUUGUCAGAGUCCAGCAAGGAGUUUUGCAAGGGUCCUUCCCAGCCCACAGACUCAUUCCAUGUUUCACAUCCUGCUUCCUCAAUGCAGAUGGGAUCAUCUACUUUCUGCUCUCCAGAGAAAAUAAAGACUGCACAGGAGGCAACUGCUUCUAGUAAGGAGAACAGUCAGUCACUGGUCCACAAGGAGGAACAGCUGGGGAAGAAAGCUGAAAAAGCAGUCAAUGAACUCAAUGCCUUUAAAAAGUUUUCGGUUUCCUCUGCAAGAGAGAGACCCAGCACCAGAAGCCUGUAUUUCCCAGAAAGAUCAGAGUUGGAAAGCCCAUUAAAUACUGGAUUCUUCCUGUCCAAAGCAAAGGUCUCCUCAAGAAAUGACAAGUGGCAAGACGACUUCCAGAAGGAAUCAGAUCUGGAUGAGGAAAAAAGUAGCAGCAAAAAGGAGACUUUGCUGCCAGAGUCCUACUCUGAGAACACAGGCCAACCUACAGAAAGUUUGGCUGGUUAUGUUUCCCCAGCUGUUGAUGCAGUACCAAUGCCAAGCAAUUCUUCAGUGGUAUCUCAGAAUCAGCCAAGCUGUAAAGAUAAAAGUCCUUUUCAAGUGAAACUUAGAUCCACCUCACUGUCCUUGAAAUAUGAAGACAACUCACCACCAGAAUCAAAAGGGAUUAAAAGAUACAGUGCAGAAUUUAAUUUAGAAAAUGAGGGAUUGACUUCCUUUCUAAGAGGUGGUAAGGCAGAGAUCAGAAAAACAGCCAAUACAAGUACUGGUGAUUCUUUAAAUGAGAAGAUCAAACCCAAAGCAAAGUCCUCUGAACAGCUUAGUUGCAAACCUCCAUUGCCUAAAAAGCCAGUGUUGCAAAGCAUAACCAUUCCAAACACUACUGCGAGCAAGGAGAAGCAGGACAAAGCUAUUCACUCUCCUGAAUCCAGAAAUGAAGACAGAGACUUGGAGAAACAGUCAACUGCUUGUAAAGUGCCUGAGAAAAGCAUGCCUUCCCCCAUGGCUGCCGGAGACUCUGGAAGAGAUCCUGACACUCCUACAGAGCCAGCCUGGAUUUCCAUUGCAAGGCAAAAGCAGAGGGGCAUGCAUCAGGAGAAGGAACUCGACAGAGAAAAGUCUGUGGCUCCAGAUAAUAAGUCAAAUACAGAGAAACAGAAUAAAGCAAAGGAACAAACAGAGGGGCCAGUGAAACAACAAUGGAGUAAACCUUCACACUUGGCACCUAAAACCACUUCUGAAGAGCAGAGGAAAGACACAAAGUCUGAAGCAAAGCCCCUGCUGAGAACCAAUUCAUUGUCACAUUGUGUCCCUGUAGCUCCAUCACCUGCACUGGUGGAUAAGGAGGAAAUAAGCCACUUGAAGAAAGGCAGUAAUGCUGCUCCCAAUCAGCCAUCGUGGAUGGAGCUGGCCAAAAAGAAGUCUCAAGCAUGGAGUGAUAUGCCGCAGAUUAUAAAAUAGAACGAGGCAAACAAGGAGCAUCUUUCAUAAUUAAGUCAACUAUACUUAACUGAACUCCUACAGACCAGCAAAUCACAGUGAAGAAUCUUUUGAUACAGAAGGGUUUUAUUAUACAGCUGUGGAGAAAGUGUGCAAUAGGUGCAGUCAAAAAGUUUACCUUCAAUUUUGUAGCAAUCAGAAUUGCAAUGGCAAUGGAUUACUUAAAUUAUGCUAAGGGCAUACUUACACUUUGGAAAAUAAAACUUUUGCCUUAUGUAUUUUCUGCAUUUUCUCCUUUUACUGAUGUUUGUAUCCAAACAGGAUCUUUGCUAAACUUUGCUGAACUUCUGUUGUUGCUGGAAAAGUCUAUUUGUUAUGGUUUUCUCUGUUUGCAAUUAUAAAUUGUGCACUUA